CGUUGUGCGAUCGGCCAUCUUGUUUCUUUCGUGAGCCGUAAUGUGAUUGCGGCCAUAAAAUUGUAUAGAUUUUGUGGUAAUUGUUCAGAAAAUUUGAAUAUAGUGUGGCACAAUUGUCUGUAAAAUAUAAUUAAUAUCCUCAGUGAAGUGGAUUAGUUUCAAGAAGUACUAUGGGACGAGGAAGAGAUCGUAGUCGAGAUAGGCGACGCAGCCGAAGCCGUAGUAGGAGUCGAAGCCGCAGUCGCAGUCCUCGCUAUGGCCUUGGAUCUGGCGGCGGUUACGGUGGAGGUGGCGGUUAUGGCGGAGGCGGCGGCGGACGGCGCAAUAACCCGGGCGCUAAUUUGCGUAAACCAAAAUGGGAUUUGAGCAGACUUAAACCUUUCAAAAAAGACUUUUAUGUUCCACACGCAGAUGUUGAGAACAGAUCGGACUCAGAAGUAGAGGCAUGGAGGAGCGAAAAUGAGAUUACAUUGAAAGGCCGCAACAUCCCAAAACCGACGCUGACUUUUGAUGAGGCAGGUUUCCCCGAUUAUGUGAUGGAUGAAAUAGAUAAAAUGGGCUUUUCAAGACCAACACCCAUUCAGGCACAAGGCUGGCCUAUCGCUCUAAGUGGUUAUGACAUGGUCGGCAUUGCUUCAACUGGUUCUGGCAAAACUCUUUCAUAUAUUUUACCUGCCAUAGUUCACAUCAAUAAUCAGCCAAAAUCUAGCCGAGGCGAUGGCCCCAUUGCUCUUGUAUUGGCUCCUACCAGAGAGUUAGCACAACAAAUUCAAGAAGUAUGUGACAAAUUUGCAAACACUUCCAAAAUUCAUAACACUUGUCUAUUUGGCGGUGCUCCCAAGGGCCCUCAAGCAAGGGACUUGGAUGCAGGUGUGGAAAUAGUAAUUGCAACUCCUGGCCGUUUGCUUGAUUUCCUGGAAAGUGGAAGAACUAAUCUAAAACGCACAACAUAUUUAGUACUUGAUGAGGCUGACAGAAUGUUGGACAUGGGUUUUGAACCCCAAAUCCGGAAAAUCAUUGAGCAAAUCAGACCUGACAGACAAACCCUCAUGUGGUCUGCAACCUGGCCUAAAGAAGUACAAAGUUUGGCAUCAGAAUUUUUGAAAGAUUACCUACAAAUCAAUGUUGGUUCCUUGUCAUUGGCAGCUAAUCACAAUAUUCUUCAAAUUAUUGAUGUGUGCAUGGAGUAUGAAAAAGAGACAAAAUUGAGCACUCUCCUUAAAGAGAUAAUGGCAGAGAAAGAAAAUAAAACUAUUAUAUUUAUUGAGACUAAGCGCAGGGUAGAUGACAUAACCAGAAAAAUGAAACGUGAUGGGUGGCCUGCAGUCUGCAUUCACGGUGACAAAUCUCAGAGCGAAAGAGACUGGGUACUGCAAGAUUUUCGAAGUGGUAAAGCUCCUAUUUUAGUAGCUACGGAUGUAGCCGCUCGUGGCUUAGAUGUGGAUGAUGUUAAAUUCGUCAUUAACUUCGAUUAUCCCAGCAAUUCUGAAGACUACGUCCAUCGCAUCGGAAGGACAGGGCGUACCAAUAAGACUGGAACGGCUUACACGUUCUUCACUCCUUCAAACGCAGCUAAGGCGGCCGAUCUCGUGUCCGUGUUGAAGGAAGCCAAACAAGUCGUUAAUCCUAAGCUGCAGGAAUUAGCCGAACGCGGGGGUGGGGGUGGCAGACGCCACCGCGGCCGUGGCGGCAGAUAUCGCCGCGGCGGGCGUCGCUCGCGCACCCGUUCACGCUCCCGCUCUCGCGACCGCCGCCGCCGCUCUCGCUCGCGCUCACGCGAUCGCCGCCGCCGCCGCCACAGCUCAUCCCGUUCUUCGCGCAGCAAGUCCUCGAGAUCAUCCAGAAGCCGUUCGCGUUCCCGCUCGCGCUCGCGUAGCCGCUCUCGCUCAGGCAAGUGCAGCCCACACAAGGACGCUACUUCUGCCGGGCCGCAGGCCGCACCCCAAGCUCUGCUGCCGACGCCGAAACCUCUCCUUCCGACUCCUACUAUCGGUCCCCAGUUGCCGCCAAACCCUGCUGACCAACCUAACGGCAAAGGUCCAGCGACGCCUCCCGUUCGCAAGGACGCCCCUCGAACUAAUAAUGAAGUUAGGAAUGCAAAUAAUGAUAACUCAAAUUACAUGCAACAGAUGCAGGCGCCCCCUCCGAAUCAAGUGCCACCACUAAUGGGCCUCAAUCCUAUGAACAUGUGUAUGCCCCCCAUGAAUGGCCAAGGGUUCGUCAUGCCUCCCUUUUUCCCAGCCGACCAGUACGGUGUGAUGAUGCCGUCAUUUCCCCCGGGCGCCGGCGCCAUGGUCCCCGGCGGCUGGGGCCACCCGCCCCCGCCGCCGCCUCCGCCUCCCCCGUCCUCCGCCCCGUCGGCAGGCAACGCUUACGACAACUUUAAUUACGGACCACACGGCUCGGGAGAGAGCAACCUCGAGCCAGAUUCCAGGAAGCGAGGACCUCGCAAAGGCGGGCCCGGAGGCCUGGGCGCUGACCCCCGCGGCGGCCUCGGCGCCGACCCCCGCGGCGGCCUCGGCGCCGACCCCCGCGGCGGCCUCGGUGCCGACCCUCGCGGCGGCCUGGGCGCUGACCCCCGUGGCAGCCACGGCGCCGACCCUCGUGGCGGCCUCGGCGCCGACCCCCGGGGCGGCCUGGGCGCCGACCCCCGGGGCGGCCUCGGUGCCGACCCGCGCGGCGGCCUGGGCGGCUCGGGCGGGGGCCUCGGCUCCGACGGCGCCGGCGGGCCGCGCGCCCGCGGCGGUCGUGACCGGCCCCGCCGACGCGGAAGAGGACGCGAUAGCAACGAUUUUAACGAAACUUCGGGUGGCGGCGGUCUCGGUUCGGACAAUGCCGAGCCCUUGGGAUCCGGCGGCCUCGGCGGGGGCCCUGGCUACGGGUAUCCCUCUGGCGGUCCUAACGUACCCCAUGGGAGCCUGCUGCCGCGCAUGCUUCCUCAGAAUGGCGGAGAAAUCGUCGGGCCGCAGGCUAACUUUACAGCAUUUGGGUCCUAUGGACAAAAAUUCAACAAGAGACAGCAAAAUGAACAGUACCAGAAUAAUUCUAAUAAUGUGUAUAAUGAAGCUCCAUACAAUAAUGGUUACGGCCCGCAAGACAUGGGCCCGGGCAGACCGCAAGGUUUUAGUAUGUUUCCAAAUCAAAACGGUCCCGGCAAUGCGCAGGCUGGUGGCUCCAUGGGGUACAACAAUGACCGCCAGAGGAAUCGCCAACGACGGUGAAAUUCCUGAGAAAACGGAUACAAUGGGGAUUCGCGACGUCGCAGAAGAAGAUAGAACGCUGCCAAACCUCAACAAAGGAGUAAUAUUGACUGAAUCUUUCAGAGACAUAGUGCAGUUACGCUAUCCGUAUAUUUCCUUCUUUGCAUAUGCAUAAACGCUAUUUUUAAUAUAAGUAGUAUCAUUAAAAUGAGAACAAAAAUAAUUACAAUUAAAAAAACAUUUCACUGUA